AUGGCAAAGAAUAAGCUGUUUGUACGUCAGUCACCAGCAGCCAGUCACCAGCCCCAGCAGUCAGUCACCAGUCACCAGCAGCCAUCACCAGCAGCCAGUCACCAGCCCCAGCAGCCAGUCACCAGCCCCAGCAGCCAGUCACUGGCCCCAGCAGCCAGUCACCAGCCCCAGCAGCCAGUCACCAGCCCCAGCAGCCAGUCACCAGCCCCAACCAGUCAGUCACCAGCCCCAACAGUCAGUCACCAGCCCCAACAGUCACCAGCAGCCACCCAGCAGCCAGUCACCAGUCACCAGCAGCCAGUCACCAGUCACCAGCAGCCAGUCACCAGCCCCAGCAGCCAGUCACCAGCCCCAGCAGCCAGUCACCAGCCCCAGCAGCCAGUCACCAGCCCCAGCAGCCAGUCACCAGCCCCAGCAGCCAGUCACCAGCCCCAGCAGCCAGUCACCAGUCACCAGCAGCCAGUCACCAGCCCCAGCAGCCAGUCACCAGCCCCAGCAGCCAGUCACCAGCCCCAGCAGCCAGUCACCAGCCCCAGCAGCCAGUCACCAGCCCCAGCAGCCAGUCACCAGCCCCAGCAGCCAGUCACCAGUCACCAGCAGCCAGUCACCAGCCCCAGCAGCCAGUCACCAGCCCCAGCAGCCAGUCACCAGUCACCAGCCCCAGCAGCCAGUCACCAGUCACCAGCAGCCAGUCACAAGCCCGAGCAGCCAGUCACCAGCCCCAGCAGCCAGUCACCAGUCACCAGCAGCCAGUCACAAGCCCGAGCAGCCAGUCACCAGUCACCAGCAGCCAGUCACCAGCAGCCAGUCACAAGCCCGAGCAGCCAGUCACAAGCCUGA